CAGAACUAACCCCGGCCUUCCACGUGCCGCGUGCACUGUACCAGUCUACGUGGGGUACUACGAAGCUGUACUCCUACUUGAGCUGAGCAGCUCCAUUCUCGUCGCUCGCCGUCUCCUCUCCUCUGCUACUCAGAAAAAGCUCCACCUUUCCCACCCCCGUCCCGUCUCUCGGAAGCCAACCUGCCUGCCUCCGCCUGCAAUCACGGGGGAGAGACAAAAACAAAGAGCCACCACCGCCGCCCCAGCUCCAGCCCCCGAGACAGCUCACCGGCGGCCACCGACCCCUCCCCCCGCCCAUUCCCGCGGCGCGCCCCUCCGCCGCCCGCCGGCCGCCGCCGCCGGGUGAUGCCACGGGCCCCUGCAUCCGCCGCGGCGAUCCCGGCUCGCAGCUAGAUCUGGCCCGCGGGAGGCUCCCGGGCGGCAUGGCGCGGCUCGCGGGGCUGCGGUGGCUCCUCGUGCUGUGGGCGGCGGCGGGGGCGCUGGCCGCGGAGGAGGAUGGCAGGGCGGCCGUCGGGGCGCCCGGGCCGCGCCGGCACGCCUACGCGGCGAUGAUGUACAUGGGCACGCCCCGCGACUACGAGUUCUACGUGGCCACGCGCGUCAUGAUGCGCUCGCUCCGCGGGUUCGGCGCCGACGCCGAUCGCGUCGUGAUCGCCUCGCUCGACGUCCCGCCCAGCUGGGUCCAGGCGCUGAAAGAUGAUGGUGUGAAGGUGGUCUCUGUGGAUAAUUUGAAGAAUCCUUAUGAAAAACAAGAAAACUUCAACUCACGAUUCAAGUUGACCUUAAACAAGUUGUAUGCUUGGAGCUUAGUUUCGUAUGAUCGAGUUGUUAUGCUAGACUCUGACAAUAUGUUUCUCCAGAACACUGAUGAAUUAUUUCAGUGUGGCCACUUCUGUGCUGUCUUCAUCAACCCUUGCAUCUUCCAUACAGGCCUCUUUGUACUGAAGCCCUCUAUGGAUGUUUUUAAGAACAUGCUACAUGAGCUAGCUGUUGGGCGUGAAAAUCCAGAUGGCGCAGAUCAGGGCUUUCUUGCUAGCUAUUUCCCAGACUUGCUUGAUCAACCAAUGUUCCAUCCACCAGCUAAUGGUACCAAACUUGAUGGAAAUUAUCGCCUUCCUCUAGGCUAUCAGAUGGAUGCAUCUUAUUAUUAUUUAAAGCUCCGUUGGAGUAUUCCAUGUGGACCGAAUAGUGUGGUCACAUUUCCAAGUGCUCCAUGGAUGAAGCCAUGGUACUGGUGGUCUUGGCCAGUUUUACCUCUGGGGCUUUCUUGGCAUGAACAACGUCGUGAAAACCUAGGGUAUUCAUCAGAGAUACCAAUGGCACUAUUCCAGGCUCUACUGUACAUUGGAGUCAUCGCAGUGAACCGGCUCGCACGUCCUAGCUUGUCGAAGCUGUGCUACAACCGGAGAAUGGAGAAAAGCACGAUGUUCCUACUCACCACCCUCAGAGUAGUGGUGGCAUGGUCCAUACUCGCAGCUUACACCAUUCCCUUCUUCCUCGUCCCACGGACCGUCCAUCCGCUGCUAGGCUGGCCACUAUACCUGCUCGGUUCUUUCUCCCUCUCCUUGAUCGUCAUCAACUUCUUCCUCCUCCACCCCCUUGCUGUUCUCACGACAUGGUUUGGGCUCAUCGGCACGCUCUUUGUGAUGGCAUGCCCCUGGUACAUGAACGGUGUCGUCAGGGCGUUGGCGGUGUUCGCGUAUGCGUUUUUCUGCGCGCCGGUGGUCUGGGCAUCCUUGGUCAAGAUAAUGAGCUCCUUGCAGGUCCUGAUCGAGAGGGACGCCUUCAGGCUUGGGGAGCCUAACCAGACGGCGGAGUUCACCAAGCUUUACUGAGGUGGGCGCGACAGAUACAUAUAUGGUGACUUUUAGUGUCGUUUGAUUUGAUCAGCUAAUCCCAGUUCAUGUUGGCAAUUCUGAUGGCCAAUUCAGCUGUACAAGUAAAAUCGCCGAGUUUGGAACUACAGUUGUUGAUCCUAUGUAACACGAACUGGAACCAUUGGAACCCAUGAUUGUCCUCUUGGGCGUGUAGAUGAUAUAUACGGUGUCGAGGAAAAGGGGGGAUUCAUGCUUGUGCAUGUGUGUUGGUUGUGAUUCUGCUGAUGAACAAACCAGAAUAGAGUAAAUGCUUUUCUGGUUUCUUGGUAUGCUGUUGUCCGAGAAAAAAUGGCCAACACAUUCUUGGCGUUCAUGCAA